AUACUUAUUCAAGUUAGUGCCAAGAGAAUUAAAAUACUUAUUUUGUAUUAAGAAAUCAUGUCUGAUACUUCAGAAGAUGAGGAUUUAUCAAGAUUUAAGGAAGCAGUAGAUAACUCCUUCGUAAAAAUGAUUGAUACGACACGAGGAACAUGUGUAACCAAUUCUGAAGAAAAAGAUAUGAGCAAACUCAAAUCAGAGAGAUAUCUGGAAGUGGCCAGUCACUACAAUGAUGUGAAAGUACCCGAAGAACUACAGAGACAAAUAGGAGCAAAAAUAUCUAAAAUUAUUGAUAGAAAUAUAAAAUUUGUUGAUAUAGAACAAAAUGGCAUCAAGAAACGUAAAAUCAAAGGUGGAGUGAAGUUAUUCAAAGAUUCUGAUAGUUUCUUAUCCUGUGAAGAUGUAAAGGACACAUACACUGAGAAACACAAUGCUGAAUCAAAGAAUAUGAAAAAAAAGCGAAGAACAAUAGAAGAUAGUGCUGAUAAUGAACUUGAUAAAAUAAGCGCUGUUGCCGUGAGCGGAGAAUACGUGCUAUCCAAAGAAGAGAUUAAAUGUUGGAAAUCAAGGAGGAAAGAGAAAGUAUUUAAAUAUAAAAAACAAGAUAAAAGUAAGAUACUGACAGCAAUCGAAUAAA